CUAGAAUGCUCUCAUUUGAUAGCGACGGCUUUCGUCUGUGCCUGUGAGUGUCCUUCGGGUCGACAACCAUGAAGCAGACGGUGAUGAGUGACGCCGCGCCCUUCCUUCCCAAAGAAAUAAUGACCAAUAUUCUCAAGCGCCUUCCGGUGAAAUCCCUUAUGCGAUUCCGAUGUGUCUGCAAGCAUUGGAAAGAUCUCUUCAAGACCCCGUCUUUUAUCUCUGACCACCUCUGCCACGUCAGUCAUCAAAACCCUUCUGUUCUGUUUUUCCAGAGUUAUGGAGCUAAUCCUUUGCAGUUACGUUUGCUCGAUUGCGAGAUGCAAGUCCGUGAUGUUCAGAAGGCACCUCAGUUCGAUUCCUCGCCGAGCAUGUCCGUUAACAUCAUUGGUUCCUGCAACGGUUUGCUCUGUGUUGAAGUCUUGCGGCGUGGCAUAACUCCUAAGUCCCUUUUACUUUGGAAUCCUGCGACUAGAGAUGUCAGAGAGGUGCCUAGCUCCAGAGCUAUCGAUUAUGGUGGGUGUAAUUGUCUGUUAGGAUUUGGGUUCAGUCCAUUAGUUAAUGAUUACAAGAUAGUGGCAAUCGCUGUUGAUUAUAGUGAUAUAACGGUUCGUGGAGCGGAAGCCUAUUCAUUAAGUAGAGAUUCAUGGAAGGAAAUAGAAGUUGAAAACUUAGAGGAUGUAACUCCUUAUCGUGAUAGUGUCUCCUCUAAUGGGGCUAUUUUUUGGUAUGGGUCAACACCAGGCGAGGAGGAGGAAGAGGAGGGGGAGGAGGAGGAAGAAGCUGAUGGAGUUAUAGUUUCAUUUGAUAUAGCAAUGGAGGUGUUUACUUUGAUACCAUGGCCUCCAUUAUCCGGUAAUCCAAGUUUUACCUUAACUGUGUAUGAGGACAACAUUGCCAUGAUUACUGAACUUGGAAUUGGAGACUUCCCAACCAUUGAAUCUUCAAUCAUUGAAUUGUGGGUGGUGGAGGAAGACAUUGAUUCAUCUGGGGAGGGAUGGAAUUGGACUAGGAAAUUCACCAGCGGCCCUUGUCCUUGGACAUUUCAUCCUGGGACCAUUUGGAGGGAUGAAAUUGUCACGUCUGGAACUGAAAUUGAUCGUGAAACACUGGAAGAUGGACCAAGAAGUGGUCUAUGUAUGUUCAAUGUCACUACCAAUGAAUUUAAGAUGCUUCCUAUCCCCAAUCAUUGCUCUUGUUGUGUUUUUCUUAAUUAUGUGGAAAGCAUUGUGCCAGUUGCUAGCAUCCAGAAUAUUGAAGAGCGUUGAUUUUAAAGGCUCACUAUUAUAUUGCAGAUGUGCCUUGUAUAAGUAUUUUUGGUAGAAAUGAAUCUAUGGCAUUUUAGAUCAUUAUCUACUUGCAAGUUUAUUUAGUGAUGUUAUCUACAAUGAUGAAUUCAGGUAUUGAAUGCUU